CUAAUUCGAAACUUCGAAUGUCAUCAUGUUCGUGGCAUGGCUUCGUUUUGACUGACAGUUGUUUCACACACAAAGAAGGCUCAAAGCCUCGAGAGCCUACCAUCCUUCCUGUGCAAGCGGAUGCAUGCCGGAAUGGCAUCAUGCUUGCUCCUCAGCAACUCCCGGACGUUACGUGCAUACUUUCUUAUUUGAUGAACUUCCACGAAUCUGAUCUACACUGCUGGGUUCCAACUUUGAUGCACCAUGAAGGAUUGUCUGUUGACAGAGAGCAUGUUGAUAAAAAAGAUGGGAGCUAUCUACAUGACGAUGAUUUUAUCGGCAUUUUGGACAGCCACAGGAGUGCAAUUUACAGGGGAGAUUUCUGAGAUCCAUACAAACACAGACCCUCUGCAACUGGGGAAACCACGUUUGCAAAUUGUCGAAGACAAGCCUUUUAAAAUAGCGCUUAUGGCAGACCUUCAUUAUGGAGAGAAUGCAUGGACCGAUUGGGGCCCUCAGCAGGAUGUAAACUCCACCUGUGUUCAGGAGUGCAUCCUCGAAGUCGAAAGGCCAGACUUUGUCAUCUACUUGGGUGAUCAGGUUACUGCAAACAAUAUUCUGGCAGCGAAUUCCUCGAAGUAUUGGGUACAAUUGAUGGACCCUGUAACUAAGCGCGCUAUACCUCAUGCUUCAGUGCUUGGCAACCACGACGACGCCUUCAUGGAAUAUGACAACAGCUGGUUUGGACCUUCUGGAAUUCCUGGUCUUCCUGCUGACGACGUAGGUUACUACCAUAGCACCACACGAGAAGAGUUGACGAACCUGGAACAGACAAUGGACACUUCGUUGACUCAAGCGGGACCCAAAGCUCUGUGGCCGAGCAUGUCCAACUAUGUGCUUCCGAUCCGCUCACAAAAGUCUCCGGGCAGUGUGGCCGUUCUUCUCUACUUCUUGGAUUCUGGCGGUGGAUCAUAUCCCGAGCUUCUUUCCGCAGCUCAGAUAGCUUGGUUCAAAACCACAGCAAACAGCAUGAAUCCGUCUGACAGAAUUCCGGAACUUAUUUUCUUUCACAUACCGACUGUAACCCAUGAGAAGAUUGGGCCUAAGCCAAAGAGGAGAAUAGAUUUGCCGUGCGUUGGAUCCAUCAAUCUCGAGGCGGUUGCUCCUCAGGUUCAAGAUGGAGGGAUGGUGGAAGAGCUCACAAAACGAUCGUCUGUGAAGGCUGUAUUUUCUGGCCACAACCACGGUCUGGACUGGUGUUGUCCUCACCAGAGUUUGUGGUUAUGCUUCGCUCGGCACACAGGUUACGGUGGCUACGGAACUUGGACAAGGGGAUCUCGAAUUUUGGAGCUGGUCGAAGAGCCCAAUUUUGGACUGAGGUCCUGGAUCAGGCUGGAGACUGGCGAGGUCGCAGCUGAAGUCAAUCUCGUCUGACUUCUUGUACUAUGAGGAACAAUCAGCUCCAUGAUUGCAAGAAAAAGAAGGAAGGUCCGAAAGUAAAAACCUCAUCCAUUUUGUUGCUUUCUGUUCCUUUGUCGGUCCUUUCCAUCUCCCUGGGACUACAUCUUCUCUAGUUCCUCAAAGUCAAAAGCUAUGAAGGGCAGAGGAAAUAUCAAACGAUGUGCAAGUCACAUAUCCUUGACUUCUGAUGAGCCCUUGGUCCUUGUACAGGUCAGGGGUCCCUUAGCCCUACCACGAUCUGAAUGGAAAUCCAAUAGAAACCCGACGUCUUCUUGGAUGUGCUUGUUUAGAACAUAAGAAGUACAAAUUACUUGGACGCUCAUGCACAAGAAUCGGAGGGGAUGGAUGCUACCACCAUGGCGGUUGCUUCGUCCGUAGACUCAAGUACAUAAACUCUCAAUGUUUGUAUAUAUAUUCCUGCUUCAAGGCAGAAACGUGUGUAUAAGGUGAAUGCUCGUAACCAAGUGUUAUUUUUCGCCACGUACUUCCCGUCCGCUGUACAUCUCUGCCUAAACGAAUGAGGAGUGCCAAUGCUUGCAAGCGGUAUGGGGCUGACCCAGGAAAACACCUUCAGAACCGAGAGAUCUAUCGAGUCCUUGUUCAAAUUUGAACAAGCCAGCAAGCAACUCCAAAUUUGGAUCCACUGCAACGUAUAUCGUCUUCAACUAUUAUCGCAAUGGUCUCAGAACUUAAUUCUGACCGAUUGGAGGCGACGGGGGUCAUCCUAACAUGGCUUCGGAUCGUAUCAGCAUCUCGGCAAGGAAAGAACCCAACAAGAAAGAGGAUAACUACGAGAACUCCACACUCUCCAAAAAACCCGUCUGAAACAUGAACAGACUAGACCCGGGAAUCCAGCGACUGUUUCCGGAACUCAAUGGUAUGAAUUUCCUGCAUCUUCAAAAUUCGGCAUCUCACACAUCACACCAUGAGAGUAAGCUCUAGAGAAACACCUAUAGAGGCUUUCCCUUAUCUUUUGAACUUGAAACGCAGUCGAGAAAAGCAAAGUUCAUAAUGAGCAAAUGACAAUCUUCUCUAUUCCGACUUCAUGCACGAACUUAUA